UAUUUAUUUUUGGCUAUUUCAAAAUUUAAUUUCAAAAUUUCGAUAGUUUUCUAUUUGUGGGCUGCCGUUUUCGAUCAAAUCGAUUGGUCCGCCAGUGAUGCCACCUUGUAUUUCGCUCCGGCUGUUGUUUUUGCUAUGACCAUCAGGAUAGUGAGGCUCAGACGAAAUAUGUUUAUAAUAAACGCUCCCGAGGAGGAGGAGAAAUGCACGGAGGCGCAGCUGGACAUCCUGCUCAAGAUCAACACUGGCGAGUACCGACUUGUGAAGAAGAACAAGCGCAGCUCUGUGUGGAACGUCUACCGGGAAAUAGCGCGACCCGAUGGAACCAAGCUGAAAUGGAGGUACUACUGCAUCGGGUGCAAACGAGUAAUGCAGUCUACAGGAGGAACAACCUCAAACCUACGCAUCCACAAGUGCCACGUGCGGUUCCUCAAACAUAAUUCCGAUCUCACCGAUGGGAGUCUCACCCACAACCACGCGCCCGCGGCCACCGGCGCUCCUCAGGCGCCGCGUAUCCAGAAAUCAACAACCAAGCGACAUCCAUCCUAUGCGACCAAAUGCGAGCAGUUCUACGAGGUCACCAAUGAUCCACUCAGCGACUUGGAGGACGAAAUGGAGACCCAUUUGGAUGAGGAGGGCGUUGUGGAGCAAAUCUCGGAAUCGGAGCGUGAUCUGGAAACCUGCAAUUCGCGACCCUUGCUCAAGUUGUUUUCCGAGGAGAACUUGUCGCCUGAAGCAGAGCUCGAAGAAGAGGGUGAAACGGCGGAGAUGGAAGAGCAGGUGCCCAUCGAGCUGGACCUUACGGACGUUCAGCACCCUGUGUCAGACUUUCAAAAUGAGACAAUCCAGCCCAAGUCAGAGGAAAGCGGCGUCCAGUUCGACGCCAGUGCCCUGUCAGAAGCGGAAUCCUAUGCCAAAGCCUGGGCUCACGCUUUUUUGCGGUUGAGCGAGGACCAAAAAUUGUAUGCCAAGCGCUCAAUUGAUGAGCUUCUCGUCCUAGGUCGGCUAGAGCGGCUCAACAUUUCCACCGUCACAUCCUUAUCCCCAAACCUGUAGCAUCUAUCCGUUUUUACAUAAUUUAUCCUAGCCUUAGAAAAAUACUUUAUAAUGCAUAUUAAAUUUU